AUGGCCCACAACCAUAGCCAUAACCACGACCAUUAUGAUGGACAUGGCCACGAUCACGGAGACCACGAUCAUUCACACGACCAAGAACCUGCUCUACAGUCUAAUCUUUACAAACAAAUCAACUUCGAUGCCAUCACCACACUGAACGAAGAGGUGCCCCGCUCCGGAGCCGCUAUCGUCCAGAAGCCUUGGACUGACCGCCUCAACGACGAGCCGAUUCUGAAAUCCGACGCUGAUGAGCAGUUGCUGAUGCACGUUCCUUUCUCGGGCUCUUGCAAGAUCUAUUCCAUCAUAAUCCGCACCUCGGACACGCCUUCCGCGCCCAAAACGCUCAAACUCUUCCGCAACCGCGACGAUCUCGACUUUGGCGCGGCUGCUGACCUCAAAGCGACGCAGACGCUCGAGCUGCCGAGAACCAGCGAGAUUGCCGAGAUUGCCCUCAACCGAGCGCAGUGGAACAUGACCACCUCGAUCAACCUGUUCUUCGAGGACAAUCAUUCCAAUGGCGAGGAAGAUGUGACGACCAUCAGCUACCUGGGCUUCAAGGGGGAUUUCAUGGCGUUGAAUCGCGAGCCCGUCAAUGUGCUGUAUGAGGCAGCCGCCAACCCCAGCGACCACAAGAUGAUCCAGGGUCUGACCAACACCAACGCGUCAAUGCCCGGCCAGUGA